GGGCGGGGGCGGGCAGGACCGGCCUCGCCGCUGCUCCCGGUGCUCCGGGCAUGUGCGCGCCGGGCCCGGGUCCCGACACCCGGCGCUAACGGACGCGGCCCCGCCCACCGCCCACCGCCCGCCCCCCCACGCCCCCGGCCCGAGGAGGAGGAGGAGGAGGAGCGGGGGUCUCCCGGGGGGGGUGGCGCCCCCCUACCCCAUGCCGUCCGGGGAGCAUGAGCGCCCUGGUCCUCGCCGUCCUGCUGGCGGCCGUCGGCGAGGGGCUGGACGGGGGCCGCUGCCCCCCGCUCGGUGUCCCGGGAGGGGUCCUGCCGAGCGCUCCCGGGGCCAGGGUCGCCCUGCCCUGUCCGGCGGGCGGUCCGGAGGCCGACGGCGACGACCCGGCCUCCGCCUCGACCUCGGCCUCCUGGAGCCUUGAAGGCCGGGUCCUGGAGCCGGAGCCCGGCCGCCUGGUGCCGCUCAACGGGACCCUGUUGUUGGGUCCGGUGCAGCCUGCCCACGCCGGGACCUACAGCUGCUAUCGCCACGGACGCCUUGUCCGGAGGGUCCGGCUGCUGGUGGAGGCUCCGCCCGAGGCGCCCCAGAUCUCGUGCUAUAGGAAAAGUCAUCACAGCAGCGUCCUGUGUGAAUGGGUCCCGGACCGCCCGCCGUCCCCGGGGACCCAGGCCACCCUCUGGGUGAGGCACUGGAUCGGGGCCGGGGCCGGAGAGCCUACGCGCGCGGACUGCGAGUACGUGCCGGGACGUCGGGCUUUCUCGUGCCCGCUGACCUUGUCUGGCUGGGACGACGAGGACUACGUGGCCUCCGCGUGCGUGGCCAACAGCGUGGCCGGACGCCUCGGCCCCUACCACCGCUUCAACGGCUACAGAUGCGUGCGCCCGGACGCCCCGGCUGACGUCACGGUGACGUCGGUGGCGGGAAGGCCUCGCUGGCUCAACGUCACGUGGAGCUACCCGCCCUCCUGGGAAUCGCUCUUCUCCCUGCUGCGCUUCCAGCUGCGCUACCGGGCCCGGGGUUCGACCGCCUUCACCACGCUCUGGCCGGAGGCCCAGUCGAGUCGGCGGCAGUCACACCUCAUCAGCGACGCCUGGGCCCACGUGGAUCACGUGGUGCAGCUCCGGGCGCAGGAGGAAUUCAACAUCGGAGAGUGGAGUGACUGGAGCCCGGAGGCCAGGGCCGCGCCUUGGACCGAACCCAGAGCGCCCGUGGCCAGAACAGAGGCUAGCAAGGCCCCGCAGCCGCCUCCUGCCUUUGACCACUUCACCAAGUUCCCCACCGGGCAACCGGACGAAGCCGGGUCGGAAGACCAUCCCAGGCAGCUCCCCACGGGCCCGCAGUACUCCUUCCUGGUGGCCGGAGGAAGCCUUAUCCUGGGCAUGGCUUUGUUCGUCGGUAUCAUGAUCAGGUACUGGAGAACGUGGAAAAAACAGAGCAAGCUCAAGGGGGUCAAAGCGUCCGGACCGCCCCAGUGUCCUUGGGGCCGGCGAGCGGCCGUGUGGAUCGGUCCCGGCCCGGCCCUGGCCUCCCUCAUCUCGGGCCCCGGGCCGGCGCCCCCACGGACCGAACCCCCCACCCCGAAACCCCCCGUGAACGGAGGGAAGACGCCCCGAGACGGAGGAAGAGGGAGGAUCGUCUAGAAGAGGAGGUGGAUUGAGGACGUUCCCCCCCCCGGCUCCUUGGACCCCCGGCUAGACUGCUGAGACUGACCGAGCCCACCUGGACCGGACCUCUCCCCUCCUCCUCCUCC